AUGGAUCCGGCAACAUGUGGGCUGUCAACAGUAAAUACGCAUAAGCCUGGCCCACAUUCGUUUGCGUCUUCUCCAACAGCAGCCCAUGGAUCAGCACCACAUCAGUCACAAACAGCAGCCCGCUAUUUCGAGCUUUCAGCCCAAAUGGCAUCAACAGUGGGCAAAUUCAUGGAUCACGGUUCAGUGUCUCCUGCUUCAGUGACUCCCACUCCAACGUCAACUGGGCCGCAUCAGCAAAAUUUGCCCCAAAAUUCAAUGUUUCCCGCUUCAGAGUCAGUCAGGCAACAACACCCAUCUGUAAAUGUUGUUUCCAAUAAUUCCUGUAAGGCAAACUCAUGGAUCAUUGAUAGCGAGACCACAGAUUACACAGCAUGCAAUUUUAAUUCCAUGACCGAUGUUGGGACAAAGCCUACUGAACAAUCUGCUACAGACACGCUGUAG